AUGGAGCAGAUUGCGAUGGACUCCGCAACGGCACCACAACCACACUCUCUCGCACACCCUUCGAAGAUGCCGCAUACAGACGACACGGAAGCAGCUCCAAGCCCCGUCGCUGCGGAGCGGAAUCAGGAGUCAGGGAGCGCAGAUACCAACUCCACCACUACCCGCGUCGACAGUCCCACCACCGCCGACAGGGUCACGGAACGAGUCACCACACCGACCCAGGAAGCACCCUCCAAACCCUUCUUCAUCACCACCACUACCAUACACGACGAGCCCGCGGAGGACAUCUGCUCCUCGCCCCAGCCAGAGACCCCUACCGGCCCCUCAACACCCACCACCCCCCAUGACUUGGCACGGGACUCCAUGGCUUCAGUUGCCCUGUCCGAAUCCAGUCUCGACUACGACCAUCUCUCUCCUGAACAGGUCGAAGACGUCCUGGCGACUCCACGGGUCACCGGCGCCCGCCGCCAUCUUCGAAGAGUGAGCAGUCUCGACAUCCUGCAGAACAAGUGGGCUCCGCCAGAGAGGCAGAGCACCCUGUUCGACACCUCAGAUGAGUCCAUGCAUGAGCCCAUGUCCGCGAUCGAACUUCAGGGAGCCCGAGACGUAUGGGCAAGAGAUAGUAAGGAGCUUCAGGCUGACGACGUCAACUUCGGGUGGAGGCCUACGAACGUAACAAGAGACACAAUAGACAUGCUAGAGCCUGGCGCGUCAAGACCAGGCAGCGUGAGUGAUGCGUCAUUACGCCGCUCCGAUGGCUCAUCGUCGGAUGAGGAGACACAGGUCAAUUGGCAAGCACUGGACAAGACUGAGGAGCAGGAGAAGGAGGACAAGGAUCUACCCAAGGGCGCUGAGGAUGAGUCUACAGCUUUCUUGCUGGCCAGGUUGGAACAGGAGAAUGCCAAAUUCGCAUCAGACCCAAAGGCAGCGUCGAGCAGGUCCAAUCCUGCAAAACGGGCGCGAGCUGGCAGCAGACCGCCCAGCAUGGCGCACCUGAAGAAGCUUGUCUCGCAACAAGAUGCUCCAUCCAUCCGAUACAGUCUUGCAUCGGACAAUGGUAUGCCAGAGGUGCCGCCCAUGACCGAGCUGGAAUACUGGGCAGCGCUCGUUCAGGAUUAUCCGAGCACUGCGGUGCGUUUGCCCACUUUGACCACGACGAAGAUCCGAUCCGGUAUUCCUCCUCCUCUCCGCGGUGUCGUGUGGGCGUCAAUGGCAGGUGCGCGAGACAGGGACUUGGAAGAGGCGUACGAUAAGCUGGUACAUGAGAAGAGUCCAUACGAGGGCAUUAUCAACAAAGACGUUGGUCGUUCCUUCCCGGGUGUUGAACUCUUCAGGGAGGCGGAUGGCGAAGGUCAGAGAAUGCUCGGAAGAGUGCUCAAAUGCUUUUCUUUGCAUGAUAAGGACAUCGGAUAUUGCCAAGGACUAGGCUUCUUGGUCGGUCCACUCCUCAUGAACAUGGGUGAGCGGGAGGCCUUCUGCGUGCUGGCUCGGUGAGUAAACGUUUUCUUUUCCUUCAGAGCAUCUAUAUUCGCUAACAUGCUCGAAGCCUCAUGGACCAUUACUCACUUCGUCCAUCCUUCCUACCUUCGCUAUCUGGCCUACACAUGCGGAUCUACCAGUUCUCUUCGCUGCUCAAGCAGCACCACAGCAAGCUCCAUGGCCAUCUGACCGUCCUUGGCAUUGAGCCGGCUUACCUCUCUCAAUGGUUCUUAUCCUGCUUCGCAGUCACUUGUCCCCUCGAGAUGCUGUUCCGCAUAUACGACGUGAUCUUCGCUGAAGGCGCGAACGAGACUGUUAUGCGAGUAGCGCUUGCCUUGAUGCGAAGACAUGAAGAGACAAUGCUCGCAACUACGGAAUUCGAGGAUGUUAUGCAGCUACUCCUAGGACGGUCGAUGUUCGACUGCUAUGGUGGAGAUGCAGACAUGCUUGUGGACGAUUUCACAUCUUUGGGCGACAGUGUGACGCACGCGCGUCUCGCAGAGCUUGAGCGCGAGUUCGAAAGCCAGUCUUCGGAGAUGGUAGGGCAGAGCGCUGGCUUCCUGCCAGAUGUGCAAGCAGCAGCGUCAAGAUUCUUGGGCCGACUGUGGGCGCCCAGCUAUAGCCACACACCAAGCAAAUCGGUUGCUAGUACAACAACGGGACACACGCCCAGUCCGAGCGUCUCGACAUUGUCACCGCCGUCUACGGAGAGGGAUACGUCCAGCAGCGGAUACAGCAUAUUUGGAAGACCUUCCACUUUCUUGAGAAGAAGCCCCAGUAAACAAAGCAUCGGCAUCGUCAACGACAGCAACGGCAGCGAAGAUAGCACAUCUACUACCGGAUCCGGCGCGCAUAGUUCUGUGUCUACAGCGAUAACGGAACCUGAUACACCCACUGUCGAUUCCAAGGGCAUGGUUCGGGAGAGCUUUGCUGACAGCGCGAGCAUGAAAUCAAAGGCUGACUCAAUGCUACCCAGCAGCCAUAGCAUGCAUGGCAAAGAAACGCAAGGACUACAUGCACAAAUUGAAGACCUCUUGACGGCCAUGACAGAGAUGCAGAGAGAACAUGCCCAAUUGUCCGCGAUGCUGCAGCGGGAGAGAGAGGAGCGGGGUGAAGAUCAACGCGUGAUGAGACAAUUCGUUGGCAAGUUGCGGAAGGAUGAGAAAGAAGGUCGAAGAAAGACGAUGCCUGCACCACCACAAGCGAAGCUUGAAGUACCGACGAAGAGUCGUCCACUGAGUGUCGGCAAUCGAAGCGAGAUCCCUCUCGACGGGCAAAAAGAAGAGCCUAAGGACGAGAUGGAAAUUCUUAUCGACAAGGCACAGGAACGUCUCUCGAAGAGCUCCAGAUUAUCCGCAAAUCAAGAGACCAAAGCACAGCUUCGGAGCACACUUGCUCGAACGCGGGAGCAACUAGCCGCUGCAGAAGCCCAUUCAAAAGACUUGACAUCGCAAUUGGAGUCUGCCGAAAGCGCUCUGAACGCUUUCCAAGCGGAGAGCGAAGACCUGCGAUCCGAGGUCAAAGAGCUCAGGGUGAGAGUGGCAGACGACUUCAAGGUACGACAGAAGCUGGAGCACCAACUAAGCGAGUUAAAAGCCCAGGCACGAUCAGUCGAGCGAAAGGAGAGGCUACAGCGGGCCGAGAGUCUGCAGGAGGUUCCUACUUUGGGUCGAAAGGACUCGAGCCCAGAAAGCAGAGCGAGACAGGGCAGCGUUUCCUCACUGCCUGCUGGAUCCGUUGUCAAUGCAGGUGGCCUUCGUGAACUCAAGCUUGGAAGACGAGACUCAUCUUCGUCGGUCCAGAGCCUAAUAAGGCCGAACUCGCGGAACAUUACUCCAAUACAGACUGAAGUGGUAGCAUCGUCUUUGCGACCUCAAGACACCGCCUCGUCCGGUAACGCUUCCCCGGUUGGUGGCUCGCCCGAUAUUGUCGUCGAAACAGCACCUUCGCCAGUUGCACCUUCUCCGGGCUUAGAAAAGGCGGACAGCUUGGCACCUUUCCAGCGCACUGGCUUCGCCAGGAGAACGACAAGCCUCGCGGCAAAGGAGGUAUUUGCCACUCCCGCACAUGAACCCGUGCCUGAAGAGGCAUUGUUGCUUGAGUUGGUCAACUCGAAGACUGCCGAGGCACAGGCUAAGCAAGAAGUCGACGAACUUAAGAAGGCGCUGUCGGUCAGCAAGCGGAAGCAGGAAGAAGCCGUUAACCAAAUGCGCGCAGAAAUGGGAGCGAUCAGAGCUGAAGCUCAAAAGGCUCAAGAGGCUGCUCAGGCCGCCAAGGCAGAAGCUGAAGCAGUGCGGAUGUCCCAGCUUUCGACUGUUGGCACGCCGCUCUUCAGUCUUCCACCGACUCCGUGCCUCGAGGAUCCCCAUGGAGCUGGCGACAUCGACGGCGGAACUCCCUCGUCACAGGGCACGCCGUCGGACGAGAAGCCGUCAGACAUCGUUGUGCAGAAGAACACGGAAACGUCUGCAUCUGCACCUGGACCUGCGACCUCUGUCGGUAGUUGGUUCUGGGGUCGGAGAGCACCCAGCAAGGGUAGCAAUACUCCAGAGUAG